CAAUAUUCUCAUCGCCUGCUUUGGGUUACUGGAGAUAUCGGUACCGGGAAGUCACUCUUACUUACGGCGGCAACCAGUGAGCUAUACUCUGGCCUUGCUACAGACAAAAGUUCUAUGAUUCUAUGUCACGUUUCUUGCUCAUGCGAGGGGCUAGGAGCUCUUACGAUGGCCACAAUUAUGCGAAGUCUAAUCACAGAAAUAUUGGCGAAGACCCCUUCACUCGCAAAACACUUGGUGGACACAUAUAAAUCAACAGGACGUACCUUCUUUGAUGGACCCAACGAUUUCUAUGCUUUAUCCGGAUUGUUUUUCGACAUGAUACAGGAUAACGACUUUGCAGACGCUUAUUUUGUAAUCGAUGGUAUUGAUGAAUGU